AUGUCAAUCGCAGGCACUACCUCAGUUCCGUCCGAAACUCAAUAUAAAAUUUGCCAUCGACCAACUUACGCCUCUUUUGGAGAAAAUGGUCUUACAGCGACUGCAACCGCUUAUGGACACUUACUCCAAAUAACCCAAUAUUUUGGAAACGACCCGUCUGGGUUCUAUUGCGUUGAUCUAAAAGAUGUUCUCGAGCCAUGUUGGGUCACACAGCGCAUGGAACAGCUCCAAGCCCAUAUCGUUGACCCUGGUCAAGGAAUGCGACUUGAAGUCGAGAGCUUUGAUAAUUCGAAACAAACAAAUGAGAUGCCACGAUUGAGCUUUCAUAGUAACCGUUGGCCAAAGUUUAUUAUCAGAUCGGGAGCUGGGAGUAUCGAUACCGAAAUCCAAUACUUCAUUCAUCAAAAGACUGUGUGUCAGACAUACACCUUCAUUUCUCGCGGUGAUUCGUCGGCUUCAUUACCGGAAUUGGCUAUCAACGCCGAAUUACUUAUUCGAGACCUCGAUUUCUCGAGCAGUAGUAUCUGGAAUAUGCAGGAAGCCGACAACAGUUCCUACGAGCACCGGGCGCCUCAGGGGAAGCAUUGUAUACUCAGGAUGCACAAGACGGGUAUAGAACAAAAUAGCGAUGCCAAUGAGCCAGCACACAAUAAUGCCGUCGUUUUAGCCAUAUGGCCGUUCAUGAACGACUCCCUCUCAGAUUGUUCAACGAUAGGGAACUACUGCGAAAUAUCCUAUACGCUCCAUUUUGUUCCUCUAUCACAACUGGACGACAUUCCAUCGCCCAGCCCUCCUAUGAAGCUUCUACGCAGGCUGAACACAGAUGCUGAAAGGAAUGAAGUUUUAUCUGCAAACCCGUUCUUACCCGGCGAUGAGAAUCUUGACUAUGCGUUAAAGAGGAAUUUGGAACAUAUGUUGUCUGUCUGUAGCGUUUCUAUUGGAGACAAUACUGAGGGUACUAUUCAGCCAAUUGCAAUCACAUGUGGCGAUUUGGCUGGUCAUAGAGUUGCAAACGAGGCAAGCUUCUGUCAGAUGCGUUCCCGCAUAUGGAAAGUGUGUCGAGGGCAUUUGAAAUGGAUAACUGACCAGAUGGAAACAAAUGCUGGUCUUGUUCAUUCCCAGUACUGGGCUACUGGUCGGCCAAGAGGGGCUGAGCCCGGUUCUCCGUUUCUUCAAAAGUCUCUCAUGGAAACCCCAUUCCAUAUCAUUAAAAUCGCAGAAUUUUGUCGAACAGCCGAAGAUAGAGAGGCAUGGGACGAAGUCCAAAGGAAGCCCAAGUUUAUUGAGAUUAUUAGAAAAUGGGUCGAGACGCUUGAUGGAGAAAAUAAGCAUGGCUUAUAUGCAUUUCCCCGACCUAGAAAAGAGGCUCCGAUACAUUCAUUCUAUUUCCCCGAUCAAGCUAUCAUUUGGUGGGCUACUAAAUCAGUGGAAUAUCUUGGCCUUGGUCAAGAGCUCCAGGUUGAAAGAAGCGCAUGUGUUGCCAAACAUAAACCGCGCAACAUGAGCUACUCAUCGGACGAGAUACGGGCCAAUGCUAUCAAAAAAUAUACUACAGAGAAUCCUGUCUUGAAAAAACGCAUGAUAGCUAUUUCGCGAAACACAAUCGAGACUAGAUUCUUGAUUCGGGAGAAAGAGACUGUGCUGUUUUCUGCUUUGGAUCUAGGCUUACUGGACAAGUUUCUCUCGCCAUUGAAGUCUGGUGGCUCAGAAAAAAUUAAUGCUUGGACGAAUACGAUAGAUUGUCAAGCGCAGCACGAAGAUAACCAAGAUACUCAAUGGGAUCAUCCACUUCAGUUUGCGCUCGCGAUAAUAUUGGCUUCAAAUGGCGCCCGUAUAAACUCAAAGCCUGCGGCAGAAAUGAUGCAUUAUUCGAAAUCAGCUCUACUCGGCAGUUCCUCUCUUAAUGGACUUUUUCCAGGACAGCUCAAUGAAGACAAAGAGCCUAUUAUCUUUAUGAAAGACACUAUGUGCGAUUCUUAUUGGCACGUUACAUUUGAAGUGCCAUACCUAUUGUGGAAACAUGCGAAGGCUUCGUCAACAAAUGCAGCCGAAACCGGCUCUUCAAGCAUUUCUACUAUACAAGCCCAAUUCACAAAACAAGAAAAUCCAUGCAUGACUUCCAAAGAGCUUGAUCAGGCGCUGGAUAAAAUGUUCGAACGUCUGAGUGCUGCCUUUUUCACUCCUGGGCUAUCUACCAUCAAUGGUAAAUUGGCUAUUAAGAAAAGCGUUCCUUUCAAGAGCAUUAUUGACCAAAAUAAUAUUGUUGAGCUCCAAGACGAGUGGAUGUACAAUGAACCGACAUUCUUCAAUUUUAAUUGCAAUUUAUCAAAACAUUGCAAUUUGGGAGGAUUUGUUUUAGAUGAUGAAGUCUUGACAACGUCCGAAAAAGAGACUUUUCACAGAGUUGGAAAUGUCAUGGCUAAUGCAAUCAACCUGAUUAAGCAAGACGGAGACUUUCUAAUAGCAGGGAGUCCAAUCGCGGGCUACAUCAUUGACGUACCGAGAGGUAGCCCUGCCAACAAGGAGUACAAGAAACCCUUUAUCACUUCUAAUCCCGAAAUUUACGGAUUCGAUGGUGACUACUUUGAUCGCUAUUGGACGUGUCACUUCUUUGAGUUCAACACAAAGGACUUGCCUGAAACAGACUGGGAGCUGCGGAGGGUAACAAAUAAGGACUUCGGCGCCAUCUCGAAAGCAAAUCCUUGGAGACAGAGGCGGGUACUGGAGCUCUUCAUAGUCAGCACUAUGCUGCAAGAAAUACUGCUUUCUUCGCAAACAAUCCUUGAAGAGUUUAAGAAAAGCAUACAGAAUAGCGUCAACAGGAAAUACAUUGGUCAGCAGCCGCCUGCAUCAGCACUCUUAGACACUUUCGACCUUUUUACGAAGAUAGACAAUGGGAGAUUUGUUGCUAUCAGCCGACUAUGGUAUAAGUUUCAGCACAUCCUUCAAAUUGUUGAAAAUGAUCUCCGGGAGAAUCUCGCAAAGAUUGCGCUUUGGAACGAUCGAGAAAGAGCACGAGGUCAUGACAAGCCUCGAUGGACUAAGAGCGAUGAACGCGACUACCGACCCAUCAUCUCUAAAUUACAGGCUCACAACGAUCACAAGUACCAUGAAUUGCAGAGGUGCUACGUCAACAUCGCCUCCUUCAACGCAUCUCUCUCAACAAACCUGGACAAAAUGCGUGGCGAUUUAGAGCUACGUGGUGCAGAUGAUAUUCGUCUUUUUACAUAUGUGACCGUCAUCUUUCUUCCUGUCGGCUUUGCCACUGGUAUAUUCAGCAUGAGUGAUGCGCCUUCUACUCAUACAUUGAUCUGUAUGGUUAUUACCGCGGCUGUUGCCCUUUUAGUUACGGUUAUUGCGUUGACUAAUGCUAAAACCUUGGAUAACAAAAUCGUUGGUCCGAUUCUACGCGGUUCACGAAGAGCCCUCUACUCGUCUGUCGGACGACCCCUCAAAAUUAUUUAUUCGGCACUCAAAAUCCAGUCUCGUCCGUGCAUUUAUUAUUUUGCACGUUAUAUAUACUUUCCAUUCAUGAAUAAGUAUACGGGGUCGGGCUUGGCGAUGGAAAUAAUGGAAGAAAUUGGCAUGGAACUAUUUGAAAUGGCGGAUAAUACCUCACCUUGGGAGCAUGCCUAUGAAGACUUUUUGAAAACGAUAAACGAGAUGCCGCCGAAGAAAAGAGAAUAUGAAGAGCAGGAUUGGGGGGACUCCAUCGGAAGAUAUACCAACAGUAUUCCACAACGAAUGAGCGUUCGAUUCCGGGGUAGUAACAACACGACUGUUAAGACGGAUUCGGCUGUAUAG